AUGGCAGCCUCAUCACCCAUAUUGCAUACGGUUUACGUCGGCCCCUUCGUCCACAGCGAAUCGCUCUCAACACUCGAGAUCCAGGAACGCGGCGCCAUCUUCGUCGACUCUGACGGCAUAAUUCGUUAUGUCGAAAAAGACAUCCAAGAAGGCGACCUCCCCAAUCUCAUCCAACAGAAAGGCGACUCAUGGACAGACGCGAAGAUCGUCGAGAUAACCGGCACUGGCUUCUUCUUCCCCGGCUUCAUAGACACCCACGUCCACGCACCCCAACACCCAAACACAGGUCUCUUCGGCAAAACUACAUUACUAGAUUGGCUCCAAAAAUACACAUUCCCCAUGGAAUCCUCCUUCUCGAAACUCCCCCUCGCCCACCGCGUCUACCAAAACUUCGUCUCACGGACCCUAUCCCACGGCACAACAACAGCCGCGUACUACGCCACCAUCCACGUCCCCGCCACCAACGCCCUCGCAGACAUCUGCCUAGCGCGUGGCCAAAGAGCCCUAGUAGGCCGCGUAUGCAUGAACAGCGAUUUAAGCCCCGAGUACUAUCGGGACUCAAGCACAGAAACAAGUUACGCAGACUCAAAAGCCAGUAUCGACUACAUCCGCUCCAUCGACCCCAAAGGUGAAAUCGUAAAACCCAUCAUCACACCACGUUUUGCGCCGAGUUGUACCCCGGAUUGUCUCACUGCUAUGGGGAAACUGGCGAAAGAGACAGAUACUCAUGUGCAGACGCACAUCUCGGAGAACAAAGGCGAGAUCGAACUCGUCAAGGAAUUAUUCCCUGAUAGCAAGAGUUACGCAGAUGUAUACGAUACCCACGGCCUGUUAACAGACAAAACCAUCCUAGCCCACGCUGUCCAUCUCACCCCCGAGGAACGCAAGUUAGUCCUACAGCGCAAGAGCAAAAUAUCGCAUUGUCCUGCGUCAAAUACGGCGAUCACAUCGGGCUGUGCGCCGAUCCGCGAUUUACUCGAUGAAGGUCACACUAUCGGCCUUGGGACGGAUGUCUCGGGUGGUAACUCGCCGUCGGUAUUAGAAAAUGUGCGGCAGGCGAUAUGGGUGUCGCGGCAUCUGUGUAUUCAGACUUCGAAAGAUAAAGCGAAGCUAUCGACGGAAGAGGCACUGUUUCUUGCUACAAGAGGAGGUGCGGCGGUGGUGGGGAUGCAGGAUAAGGUCGGCGGGUUUGAGGUUGGCAUGGAGUGGGAUGCGCAGAUGAUUAGUCUGGGGGUUGUGGGUGAGGAUGGUUGUCGCGAUGGGGCGUUUGAAGAGGGGCCUGUUGAUGUAUUUGGGUGGGAGAGUUGGUCGGAUUUGGUGGAGAAGUGGGUGUAUAGUGGGGAUGAUCGGAAUACCGUGGCUGUGUGGGUGAAGGGGAGGCUGGUGCAUAGGACGGGGAGGUUUGCUGGGGCGGAGAGGGUUGCGACGCCCUAG